CCUUACUCCUGACAGUGUAGCUUACUUUGUAUACAUUUUAGUAUUGUACCUACAUUUGCAGCCCCAUUCACGUUCUCAAUAGGGACAGCAGGGCGGGGCACAAUGACCGGCCUGUCCAACUUCGAGUCAGGCCAUACUGAUAUGGUGCACGACGCCCAACUUGACUAUUACGGACGUAGGCUUGCGACUUGCUCAUCAGAUCGGACCAUUAAAGUCUUUGACAUUGUUGGGGAUCACCACACCCACCUCGCCGACCUGCGAGGACACGAAGGCCCCGUGUGGCAAGUCUGCUGGGGUCAUCCAAAAUAUGGCUCUAUCCUGGCGUCUUGCUCUUUCGAUCACCGCGUCAUUGUCUGGAAAGAAGGCCAGAGCAACCAAUGGCAGCAGGCCUAUAUAACUCCAGCCAGCCUGCACACAGCUUCAGUAAACAGCAUUUGCUGGGCGCCCUACGAGUUAGGGCUAAUCCUUGCCUGUGCCUCGUCUGAUGGGACGGUAUCAAUCAUUGAAUACAAGGCGGACGGGACAUGGGAGACCACCAAGCUCCCAGGGGGCCACAGCGUCGGGUGUACGGCGGUGAGCUGGGCCCCGGCACACGCGCCUGGAGCCCUCGUCAGCAGCAAGCAGUCCCCGGCGACCCCCGUGAAGCGGCUGGUGACCUCCGGCUGCGAUAACCUGGUCAAGGUAUGGCGGUACGGCGAGCUAGGCUGGGCGGAGGAGGAGGCGCUCGCGGGGCACAGCGACUGGGUGCGUGAUGCGGCCUGGGCACCCAGCCUGGGCCUUCCAAAGAACACCAUUGCCUCCGCGGGCCAGGACGGGCAGGUGUUUGUGUGGAGCGAGCGGGCGGCUGCUGCGGGCGGCGGCGGCAGCUGGGACCGCAAGUUGGUGCACGACUUCAAGGUCCCCGUGUGGCGUGUGAGCUGGAGCACCACGGGGUCGAUACUGGCGGUGUCGGACGGCAACAAUGCGGUGACGCUGUGGAAGGAGUCGGUGGACGGCGUGUGGCAGCAGAUCACGCAGUGAAGGAGAGGAG